UCGUCCCCUGGCGGCCAAGAUAAGAAGCUACAGCUGGCGCUUCCGCAGAGCUGCCUCAGCCAUAGGACUCAGUAGACGCAAUCCUGGUGCUGCGUAUGGCUUGAUUAUUGAACUCGUACAAACAAGUAUUGCUGCACGCUGUGGGGGAGCGAAGAACAAAGGUGCAGUGCGAGGGUGUUAAUUCACACGCUGGUCCAGAAGCUGGCUUGUGUCGACAGAGUACCACAGAUUGAAGAAGAUGAAUAUUACAUUGAUGAAUUGCAGUAACGAGUGUGGGAACUUUGAGACAGGCGAGGUAAUACCCUUAGAUGUCCGCAUCUCCCCGAUACUCCUCAUGGUCGCUCUUAUCCACUGCUGCAUUGUCAUCGUCCUGGGCAGCCUCGGUAACGGUGUGGCCUUGUGGUGCGUGGUGAGGUGCCCCAAUACCAUGCCGGCAAUGAAGGUGCUGCUGUGUAGCGUGUUUGCGCCUCUCCUGGUGAUCUGCCUGGUGACCAGACCCGCUGUAGCGCACAUCAUCACGGCUAUCAUUACCUGCAACCCUGCCAAUUUCUUCACCAAGUUCAGAGUGGUUACCACACUCGUGUACAGCAGUCUGGCGGGGCUAGAGCUGGUCGCUAUUGCAGCCGUGGCAUUUUUCAGAAUGUUGGCGGUGUGUGGCCGUGGGCGACACUCCAUGAGCACGACGGUGGCCGUUGUUAUCGUCGUCUCCAUGAGUGUGUACAGCGUCGUCACAUCAGUGGGUCUGCUGGGGUCGGUGGUGCUGAGGUGGGUGUGGGAACCAUACCUUAAGCGAGUCAUCUUCAUCGUCUACUUCUUCUUCAUCACUAUGCUGCCAAUCUUGGUGACUGGGGCCAGCUACGCUUACAUCAUCUUCACUGUGCAAGAGAACAAGCGGCGCUUGGCGAGGAGUCAACAGAGCUGCCUAAGAGUCCACAACCUCGUCGACCAGGCCACACGCGCCAUGCUGGCCGUCUUCAUUAGUAACCUGCUCUUUGGUCUCCCACACGCAGUCUAUCACCUCCUCCACGAACCAUCAUUCACUUUGAACGUUGUAAUUCAUAUUAUAUUCUCCACUCACUUCGUGGUGGAUCCGGUAGUGUUUGUAUGGUAUAACCAGAGUUACCGUCGCCGUGUGGGCGAGCUAGCGUGCUCAGGGCUGACCUGGAUGAUGCAGUGUUGCACUACACGCAACUCACCAACCACAAACCAGUCCUCAUCAUGCACCAAAGAGUCCAUCUGCAAUACUGAGGCUUCCUCAUCUACCAAGGAGUCCUCAUUCCUUAAGAAGUCAUCAUGCACUAAGGAGUCAUCAUCCACAACUGAAUCCCGACCUUAACUCUUCUGCAAACAAGCCAGUUGCCAUAAGACUCGGCAAGUAGAACUAGAUAUCAGAAGUAAAAAAUAAGAUAAUAAUUUUCAAUUGUUGCCGUGGGUUUCUGGGUUACCUCUUCAGAUUCGAGAACGCUUUUGGUGGCUUAAGCUUUUCAGUAAAUAUAAAAAUACAAAACUCUUAACCCC